AUCGUCUUGCACCCGAACCACAACCAUCGACAUGCAUCCUUUUGGUGGAACUCCCCUUUGCCCUAGAUGCAACAAAGCUGUAUACGCUGCUGAGCAGGUCAUGGGGCCUGGUCGAAAACUCUAUCAUAAGCCUUGCUUGGCAUGUACAUCGUGUAACAAGAGACUCGACUCUUACACAUUACUCGAGCAUGACGAACAGCCUUACUGUAAGACCUGUCACGUCAAGAAUUUUGGUACAAGGGACCUUCGCCAGGCCAACCUACCGCAGGCUUUCCGGUCUGGAAGCGUUUCCCCUCCCCCCAAUUUACGAUCGCCGACUAGAGACACCUUUUCACUCGAUUCCAAUCGUUUUGCAACCUUACCAACUCAACCAGAACAACUCGAUGACACGGAGGCAGAAGCCCGAGAUACGCUCACUGAAAAACUCCCGUCGCCUGGAUCCCGUACAAUGACUUUUGAAAGUUCUCUUUCUCGUACUCCUGUGACACUUGGUCGAAGCAGCAGCGAUAUCCCACGUUCCAUGGUCAAUGCCAUGAGCAAGCCUUUGACUCAGACGAUGACUGGUACUCGGUAUGGUGUAGCUUUGGGUGGUACCCUACCGACCAAUACUACUGGCAUGUCCCCUAGGAAAUGGGGUGGCAACACGGUAAGCUGCCCAAAGUGUGGGAAAAGCGUCUACUUUGCGGAGCAGGUCAAAGCUAUUGGUAAAACGUGGCAUAAGAAUUGUCUAAGGUGUACGGAGUGCAACACUCUUCUUGAUUCCAGUCGUUUGCGAGAUCAUGACGGUACCCCCUUCUGUUCGCGUUGCUAUAACAAACUUCAUGGACCGGCUGGCAACGGAUACGCUCUACUUGGGAAAGCCGGAGGGUAAGACAGCCUCUAACAGCCUCCCCUUCUAUUCCUAUUGCGCUACAAUUCUUUUCUAUCUUCCCGAACUUAUCUUCCCUCCCGCGGACAUCUGAUGACAUUACGACCUUUCAUGUAUGUUAUAAUCGCUUGAGUGUAUCAACUAUCGUCACGACUUGUAUCCCUUGCUUUUACUAUGGUUUAAAUAAUUCAUCUUGUCUCUGGCU